GCGCACAUCUUAGCUGGUGUACCCGAAUGCAACACCCCGUACGGCUUCUUUUCCUUUCAACAAUCAGCCACUACCUUUGAUCACGGUUUGCCUCAUCUGACUCAAUGUAUGGUCUACAGUCUUAAUGAAAAUGUAAAAUGACGCGUGGAAAUAAUUUUGGCCGCUAUAUAUCUUGAAAUCUCCGAUCUCAUUUCUUACAUAAGACUAUGUCCGGGGACCAGUGCGACGAAAUUGGUAAUGAACUUUUCCGAUUUGAAGAUGGGGGUUUGGUUUUGUCAGAUAACGACGUAAGUGCGGAUGCUAAAAACGGCUUGGAUGACGGCAUUGCUCUAAAAAAGAGUAGACGCAAACAGACCUUUGAAAGACGGAAUAUAAAGGAGGUACGAGACGAUUCCCUCAAUGAAGAGGCCAGAGCAGCUCAGUUGGCUGAAUUGGAGCGCCGCAAGCGUUUAGGCAUUGAUAAUAGCGACCCAACCAGAUUUUCCAAUAUUGAAUUUUUACUCAACGAUGUCACCGCGGAACAUUGCCUCAAUUUCAGUUCAGAGGGGCUGGGUGAUUCUGUCAGCACUGUUGAUGAUGGUGACCGCGUUCCUUCAAAGCGAGCCAAGGUGAAGCUUCUGGACACUGAAACCGACCUGGAGACUGUCAGGUCUAAUAUCAAACGAGAAUACGAUAUCAAUGUGGGUUCUAGAGAGAGCAGCAAUGGCACUGUGACAACGGUAACGGAUCGUUUUGACAGUUCACGUCAUGAAGAAAAGGCAUUUACUCCAACCGGUUCCGCCUCGGCUUCCCUCUUUGGCUGUACUUGGAGUGGCUCGUAUUCUUCUCAUCUUGGUCAGUCUCGCGAUGACGCGAUUCUUCUAGGAGAUUCGGACGAUGAUCUAGAAAAGCCGACGGAUUCUGUCGUCAUUGAACUGAGUGAUGGCGAAGCUGAUUUGAAUGAGCCUGAAUAUGAAACGGAGAUAUGCGAACUACAGGAUGCCGCUAAUUUGGCGGAUGAACAUGGACGAGUUGUGAUAAAUCCAAAUAGGGAUGUCAGCACAGAACCUGAGAUCGUUUUGCCUCCGCAAAUAGCUAAAGUAAUCAAGCCGCACCAGGUCAGCGGCAUUCGGUUUCUGUACGACAAUCUGAUUGAAAGCCUGAGUCGCUUUGAAACCACUGGAGGUUUCGGUUGUAUUCUGGCUCAUAGUAUGGGCCUGGGUAAGACGAUUCAAAUCAUCGCCUUCUUGGACAUCAUCUUCCGUUACUGCAAUGCCAAGCGAGUACUUGCGAUAGUACCCAUCAAUACUAUACAGAAUUGGCAAGCCGAGUUUGAGAUCUGGUCUCCCCCAAUUUCCAAACAGUCAGGUGCAGUUCAUCCUAAGGCGUCCGAACACGCGGUGUCAGAUGCUUCCCAUAGCUCACAAUUAAACGAGUUCGUCGAUGGCUCUUCUAAAGUCGCACCUUCAUCAUCGGCGGAGAGCUGUAACCUUACCGUCACCCAAGCCCAUGGCGACGAUGCGCAAAGAAACUGCGCUCCCGGUGGCCAACUUGAGUGUUUGUCACGCGCUUUCAAGCUUUUCGUCGUGCGCGAUGUUAUCAAAACAAUGACACAACGCCACCAAAUCAUUCGUCAAUGGUAUGAAGAAGGAGGCGUGCUCCUGCUUGGGUACGAAAUGUUUCGGCUUUUGUUAAACCAGAAGCGCAUGCUCGCCGGAACCAGUCUAACAAAGGCGGAAAUGCGCUCAAUGUCUAGACGAAAGAACAAGCUUAUCUGCGUGGAUCUUGAAAGAGAAGAAAAGCGUGAGAAGAUGUGGUCAGAUUUCCAUGCUGCUCUGCUUGAUCCUGGUCCACAGUUGGUCAUAUGUGAUGAAGGCCAUCGUAUCAAAAACAGCGAAGCUUCCAUUUCGAAGGCCUUGAAGGCAAUCCGGACAAGACGCCGAGUUGUUCUGACCGGAUAUCCAUUACAGAACAAUCUCAUGGAAUACUGGUGCAUGGUGGACUUUGUACGACCUAACUACCUUGGCACAAAACAAGAAUUCACUAAUAUGUUCCAACGUCCCAUCGAAAAUGGUCAAUGUAUCGACAGUACAUCGACCGAUCGCAAGGUGAUGCAAGGUCGUGCACAUGUGCUACACGACUUAUUGUCGGGUUUCGUACAACGUCGAUCACAUGCAGUGCUGAAGGCCACUCUGCCUGCAAAGACCGAGAUUGUCCUGCUCAUUAAAUUAUCUCCACUUCAACGCACUUUGUACGCAGCGUUUAUGCGAAGUCUCAACUCCAGUGGGCCUUCGGGAUGGGCUCAAGUGAACACGCUGAAAACCUACGCCAUGUGUUGCAAAAUAUGGAAUCAUCCUGACAUACUUUGGCGUGCAAUGGAGGAACAUAAGGAAGCUAUGGAUUUUGACAUUGACGAUCCAUCUUCUGGGUCAUGUGGUGGCCGGGGUCCGCGUCAGAACGCAGCCAAUCUUCGGUUAACCAACUUUCAACCGAAUUCUUCCCUCAUUGCAUCACCGAAAAUGACCGCGGUUGAAAAUCCUUUUUUACGUUCCAAUGAGUCGUUGAAUGGAUCUAUAUAUUCGAAUGCGCAGUCACUGUGCACUCCAUUUUAUUCAUAUCCGUCCCUUCCUACGCAAGUAGGUUUUGUGAACACUCAGCGUUCAUCGGGUGUGAUGUACAACCAGACAUCGCAAACCGCACUACACUCGUCCGCUUCAUCUCAGGCUGCUGUAGGCGCGUACGACUGGGCUUGCUGUCCGGAGCUCUGGGGGUCACAUUUCAAACCUGGUAAUGUGGAUCACAGUGGAAAGAUUAUACUUUUUCUUAGCCUCCUUGAGGGCUGUGUGUUGGCUGGUGACAAAAUCCUCGUAUUCACUCAGAGUCUGUACACCUUGGAUUUGUUAGAGCGCAUAUUGCGUCGUCUCCCUUUACCUGAACCGGCCAAUGUUGGCACAAAUCGGCAUCCGCUUCUGGAGGUUCAGCGUGAAUCGUCAGUUCCAAAUGGUCCUCCAAGCGAUUCCAUCGUGGACUGUAAUCAUGACCCCUCAGUGCCGUCUUCGGAUCUGUUCGAUAUUCGAAAUACUUCAUGUCACCUAACAGCCUCAUCACCGAGUAUCGCAUCGGCAAAUGGAGGGCAUCUUGACUCGGAGUCGGUUCCUCGAGAAGAAACGAUUGCUGCCGCUGCAAACGCCUUGUUCACUCUACAUGAGGAGCUAAACGCUAGCAGCGAAUCGCAACGUAGAACAGAGGGCACACACGAUUUUACUCUCCCCGUUGAUGAUAUACAUGUAACCGUUAAAUCGGAACCUCCUGCAGUAGAAACCCCAUUAGACCUGCAGGUAAUGGAUCAAGAAGAGACACUACGCUCACUUCAUUAUCGGCUGGCCUCUCACCUUGGAGCUCCGGAUCAUCCGACGGUGUGGACAAAGAAUGUUCAUUACUUUCGUCUUGACGGUAGCACCACAGCUAGUGAGCGUGAGAAGUUGAUCAAUCAUUUCAACGACCCAAAGAACCCCGCCAAAUUGUUUUUGGUGUCUACUCGUGCUGGUUGUUUGGGCGUUAACUUGAUUGGGGCCAACCGCGUUGUUGUUUUCGAUGCUUCUUGGAACCCUUGCCACGACUGUCAAGCUGUAUGCCGCGUAUACCGUUACGGUCAGCGCAAACCCUGUUACAUAUAUCGACUUGUGUCAGAUAACACCAUGGAAAAGAAGAUUUACGAUCGCCAGGUUACCAAGCAAGGCAUGUCAGACCGCGUUGUGGACGAACUUAACCCGACUCAACAGUUCACUCGGUCUCAAGUUGAACUUCUCAUGUCUUUCGAAGACAAAGACAUGCCAACGCUCACUGACAACGAUCUGGAUUCUUGUAGGGGACUCAUCGAACCUGAUCCGAUUCUCGCAUCAGUGCUGAGGAAGCAUAAAUCGUGGAUCACCAAGAUACCAUUCACACACGAAUCCUUAUUGAUUGAUCGAAAAGAUUAUCGCCUCACACGAGUUGAAAAACGUUUGGCAAAACAGCGUUAUGAGCAAGAGAAACGCUUGAGUUUGAGCUAUCAGCAGGCACACUUGUUCCAGUUUCAACGGAUGCAGGCGCUUCAGCAACAACAGCUCAUCGCUGCUGGAAUCAAUCCUGCUUUGGUGGAUCAGUCUCCUUUCUUCGACCGAUUGCCACACUUUUUAUCCCGAGGACUUUCUUACCGCCCAACUUACACCAGUGGAAUGGCCGCUUUGGAUGCGAUGCGGCAAGUCCAGCGUGAAGCCAACGUGGAAACGGACUCCCUGCGCAGACGUGGCAUCUACGACGCAUCAAGUCGGAACCCUGACUGCAAGGUGACGCGUGUCGUGGCUACCGCCGAUCUCCACUUUCCAUCCACAACGGAAAAUAAAACAACUCAGCGGCUUAUUCCCAAGGGGGAAGUGCUUGAAGUCAUACAAACUCCCAAAGGCAAAUAUCUGCGUAUUGUUCGCACUGGCGAUUUGUUCGUUGUGAAGACAAGCACGAGUAGUGCCAGCUCGGCGGCCACCAAUAGCGAGUCCUCACAUGCACCUCCAUCGUGUGCUUCGAAUACUGUUGAACCCACACCGGCUGUUUGUACUUCCAACGCUGAUGCACAGUAUAAAGCCGGUGGUGCCCUUGUUGCCACACCGCCCAGUUCCGGUGCUUCUGUCAACGACCCUAGUCCGUUUCCCAACGAAUUGUCAUCGACUGCGGGUUGCGCAACGACUUCGCCGAGCAGCAAUUGUUCUCACAGCGUUCUGUAUGAAGGUUCGUCAGCCAAAAAAACCGUUGCUCAAAUGGAAGGGCAGCCUCUUGGGCUUCCACAUCCCCAGUGGUCAAAUGCUACCAAUCGUUCGACUGUAUCCAAUACAAUAACUAAUGAAUCAUUUCCUACACCUUCUCCUUCAAUUCUGCGAUCUGCGUCCGAACCCCAACAGCACCCCGGCUGUACACAGCUCUACUCUGAUUUCAACCAUAUCGGCGAAUCUAACCUGCGUUCAUCCGCUUCUUUAACUCCCAGUCACACUUCCCCACCAGAUCGGUUUGGUUUGCCACAUCAUUCGCUCCCUCCCACUUCCCCAACCAAGACCAACAACCCACCUCGUCCUGAUACAUUUUCCUUUGAACAACAGCAACAGCACUUAUAUGACACUCACCUGGCUCAGCGCCGACUCUCCCAGCCGCCAGUGCCCCCAUGGUCGUGUUCCAACUGCGGUCAAUCUUCGCUGCUUGGAUGCACGUGCGCUUCAUCGCGUCCAGAUCAAUCCAUCGUUCGAACGACCGCUCAACAAUCUACCUCUUCGACUUCUUAUAACCAGAAGAUGCCUAUGUCUAGCUUCGAAUCCUCUUCCUGUUCGCCUGAGGCUGCAGUUCACAAACAAGGUACCGGUUUUCCACAAGUGCCUCAGUACGAAUCGAGCGGCACUGAAGGUCAGUUUUACCGUUUAGCUGACAGUCAACAACAGCAGCAGCAGGAGCAAUAUAUGCGAGCAGCUCAAGAGGUUGCCCGACAAUCCGCGGCGGCAGCGGCUUAUCUCAGUUUUAACAAGCAUCAAUUGGGUUCCUCCGGUGCACCACAUCACAUGAAACAGUCACACGACCCAGAAGCACCCACAAACUCCAAUAAGCUCGCGUCCCCUCAUCUUUCUGCUCAUCAUCAUUCUCCGACAGGACCACCAUCUUCCACUGCCAACCAGAGCGCUCGUUUCGGCGGUCCGCCUUCACAAACUCCGGCAUCUGUGAUGCAGGAUUAUUUUGCACAACUUGCUGGGCAGCAUGCACCGCAGACCUCUUUCUUCCCCGCUCAACAUGCAGUUAACUUGACACAUUCCCAUUCGAUGGCCGCUGCAAUGCAGCAAUACUUUUCUGCUAAUAUUACAUCGCCUCCGAUGCUUGCGUCCACCGAAGGGAUGAGCGGUACAAGUAUUUACCCUGGACUUGCUCCCCUUCACACAGCCUCUGGGAAUUCGGGGCUUCUGCAGACACCUCGCGAACCUGUGAGUCAGCACGUGUCACUAGAUCAGCACACUGCACAGGGACAGCGGCGUUUGCCCUUCAUCACACAGUCCUCUCAAGCAGCUCCGUUCGACCGUCUGCAGCCACAUCGUUUAUUGCCGAAUUUUCGGUUUCCCUAACAAUUGCUGAAAUCGCGUCACUCCCGAUAGUCUCGCCACUUCCUUUGUUUUUAUCUUUCACUGUCCAAAGUGUCAUUGUUCACAUUUUACUGCGGCUUUUCUCUGUGUACAUAUCUCCCCUUUCGAUUGUGUUUUGAUCUCUGAAUGAACAGUGUUGAAUUCACUUCUGUUUUAUCAUCUCCCUUCCCCAUUUCACCAUAGAUUGUUUUCAUAUUGUGUCGCUUCCGUCAGUUCUGUGCUGCCAUAUUGCGCAGUGUGUUCCCGUCCAAAUUCUCACACUCACUGAUCAUCCGUAGCCUCCUUUUCCCCGCUCCCAGGGACGAGUCACCCCAAUGGUACUGUCCUCUCAUGCUGCAGCACACUUUCCCUCAACCCUUUGUGCAUACCUCCGCCAAAUUAUUUCUGCUUCAUUCAGAUACCAUUUGGUUCUUAUCUCUGGUGCUCUUUUCUGGGAAUUACUUGCGCCGGUCAUGACUCAUAAGUGUCUGUUGUUCAUCUGACACGCUCGGCUCCACCACCGUGUGUAGCUAUGCAGCAUCACUCAGUAUGUUUAUAUUUUACUGCAUUUAUCAGACACUUUUUAUAAAACGCUAAACAUCAAAUCUCGUUCUCUCUUUCACUUCCUUUAUUAGUUUCGGCUUCUUGUCCUGUUUGCCAGAAAUCUUUAACCAUGAUUCUCCUCUGUCCCUCUCCCUCGUUUACUCUCUGUUCUAUUCUCCCUCAUUGGUCAACACUGAGUAACGCCUCG